AUGUUCCUUACGAGGAGCGAGUACGACAGGGGCGUGAACACUUUCAGCCCAGAAGGACGACUGUUUCAAGUCGAAUACGCCAUUGAAGCGAUCAAGCUUGGAUCAACAGCGAUCGGCGUUGCCACCAGCGAGGGGGUGGUUUUGGCUGUGGAGAAGCGCGUCACAUCACCGCUUCUGGAGCCCAGCAGCAUCCAGAAAGUGGCGGAGAUUGAUGAGCACAUCGGCUGCGCCAUGAGCGGCCUCACUGCUGAUGCCAAGACCCUGAUCGACCAUGCACGGGCGGAAACGCAGUCGCACCGCUUCUCGUACAACGAGCCGAUGCCGCUAGAGUCAUGCACGCAGUCACUGUGCGACCUGGCGCUGCAAUUCGGGGAGGACGACGAUGAGGGGGGCGGCGGCGGCAUGAGCCGGCCGUUUGGUGUGGCGCUUCUGAUCGCGGGUUGGGACCGCGAGGCUGGUCCCGUGCUGUACCACACAGAUCCCAGCGGCACGUACGUCAAGUACCGGUGCAUGGCAAUCGGCAGCGGCAGCGAGGGCGCCCUCACGGCGUUGCAGGAGCAUUUCAAGCCGGAGAUGACCCUGGCGGAGGCGGAGGUGCUGGCACUGUCCACUCUCAAGCAGGUCAUGGAGGAGAAGGUGACUGCCACCAACGUGGACAUUGCCAAGGUGGCUAAGAAUUACCACCUGUACAACCAGGACGAGGUUGAGGCUGUCAUUGCACGCCUGUGA